GUGUGAUGUCAUCAGCCUUCCAUUUAUGUUGGCUUUGAAGUUUUCAUCCUUUGGUGUACGAUUCGUAUGGAUAGACCAACUCAUUUAAGUCUCACACACUUGCUGAUAUUGUUAGCUGACCGGUAUUCGGUUGAACAUCAACAAUCGACGAGGGUGACUGCAUCAUUUACAUUUCAUCAUGGGACAAACGUUAACCUUACCAAGCUCUUCGAACCUGAAGGCCGAAAUAGAUGAACUCCUAAAGAGCGAAGAAGCCUGGGCGGCAAAAUUCAACGCUAUUAAGGAGCUCUCAGAAAACGUUUCCGGGAUAGAACAGAGCUGGGAGAGUAAAAUACAUCAGUUGGAGGACGACAACAAGGUCCUCACGGACAAGUUGGACCUCGCUGAGAACGACAAGAAAAUGGAGGCUUUACUCCAGGAGAAGAUUAGCCAGUUGGAGACACAGCUCGACCAGAAGAACUCCAAAAUCCUAGAUCUCAGCAAGCAGACGGUGUGUCUCUCUGAGUGGCUCACUGAGACUAGAAAAAAGCUGUUGGACAAACGAGAUGAACUUGGAGACUGCGAAGAAACCUGGGAGGGCAAAUACAGGGAACAGAAAAUCUAUUUCUAUAAGGUCCAGGAUGAGAAAGACGACUUCUACAUGACCACGAUCAAACGGAUUUCGGGCGACAAGGAGAAACUUCAGGACAAGUUCAACGAGGACCUGGCGGAGAGUGACCAGAGCUGGAUAAACGCAGUCAAACGGAUGGACGAUGAGACGACGCUUCUGGAGGAUAUCUGUCUGGACAUGAAGAAGAAGAUGAGAGGAUUCUUUUCUUUCAGUAGGACGGAGGAUCGAGGGAAAUGGUUACAGGAGUUGAAAAGCAAAAUGCGUGAGAAGUUGAAGAAAGAGGAGGAGCAGGAAGCUGAGGUGGAACAGAGAGCGCAGCGGGAUGAGGCGGAGAAGAAGGAAAAGGGCUUUUUUCGCUGGAUGUUACGAAAGAGAAAGAGAAAGAGUGACUGUGCCAAUCAGGUAGAAGAGGAGGCUGCUGGCUGUUCAGCUUCUGCAGCCUGUGACAGUCAGGUAGAGGAGGCUGCUGGCUGUUCAGCUUCUGCAGCCUGUGACAGUCAGGUAGAGGAGGCUGCUGCCUGUGACAGUCAGGUAGAGGAGGCUGCUGGCUGUGCAGCUUAGGUUGGACAACAAUAGCUCCCUCUUCCUCCCCCCCCUCUACAUCUCCUUCCUUCCUCCACCCCCACCUCCCUCCUCAUGUACCUCAGGGGCGACUGUGGCUCAGAGGUAGGUGGAGCAGGUCGUCCACCAAUCUGAAGGUCGGUGGUUUCGAUCCCUUUGCUCCGGGUCACAUGUCGAUGUGUCCUUGAGCAAGACACUCAACCCCAAAUUGCUCCCGAAGGCUGAGCCAUCGGUGUGUGAAUGAGUGUUUACAGUCCUGAUGGGCCAAGUGGGCACCUUGUAUGGCCAGCCUCUGCCAUCAGUGUGUGAAUGUGUGUGUGAACGGGUGAAUGCUGACAUGUAGUGUAAAGCACUUUGAAUGGUCGGAAGACUAGAGAAGUGCUGUAGAAAUGCAAGUCCAUUUACCAUUUACUAACCCUUCCUCUCUCUUCCCCCCCAUCACCCCAUCACCCUCUAGGUCUCCACCCUCACAUCCUGUCAAAGGGAUAGUUUGGGUGUUUUGAAGUGGGGUACUUUUACUUGUAUUAGGUACUUAUCCAUAGUAGUUGUGAUACUUACAGUGGAUGGAGGACCUCGUACACCCCCACUUCAAAACACCCAAACUAUCCCUUUGACAUUAGGGGCGACAUAGUGACUAAGUGAUUAGCACUGUAGCCUCAUACAGACACCAACAGCUGUCGGGCUGUGUGGACUUUGUAUAGUCUGCCUGUGUCUGCGUGGGUUUUCUCCUGGUGCUCAGGUUUCCUCCCACAAUAUUUGGACACUGUAUAUAUGUGCAUAUAUACAGUAGUUUGAAGAAACACCAUCUGCAUGUAGUAGAUGGUGUAGCUUGGACACAUCAUCAGUGAUGAAUGAUGAUUAUAUAAUGAUUAUAUAAUGAUUAUAUAUAUA